AUGGAAAGCAACAAGACAAGUGAUAUCAUAGAGAUCCAAGGCUUUGACAUAUCUCCAGGGUUCAUCUACCCUCUAUUUUUCUUACUGCUGUUUGUGUACCUAACCUUGCUCUUCUCUAACAUUGGAGUCCUAGUGCUUAUCAUCACUGAGAAGAGUUUGCACCAGCCCAUGUACAUUCUCUUUUGUAACCUGUCCGUCAAUGAUCUAAUAGGGAACACAGUGCUACUGCCUCAGCUGAUGGCUCACAUCAUCUCAACAGAACGCUUCAUCACCUACAACCAGUGUGUGGUCCAAGCCUUCUACAGCCACACGUUUGGAUCAGCCUCACAUAUGAUCCUGAUUAUUAUGGCAAUAGACAGAUAUGUGGCGAUAUGUCAUCCUUUGAGGUACAGCUCAAUCAUGACUACCAAAACUUUGAUUGCACUAUCAGCCAGUGCUUGGGGGGUGUCCUUGGUGCUGGUGUCGGUUUUGAUAGGUCUGACAGUGAGGCUCUCCCGUUGUAGUUCCUUUAUUCAAAAUGCUUACUGUGACAACGCAUCACUCUUCAAGCUUUCUUGUGAGGAUGUGUCCAUCAACAAUAUUUAUGGACUCUUCUUCACUGUGCUGCUUUUUGGUUGCUCAAUGGGAGGUAUUGCUGUCACAUACUUUAGAAUAGCUGUCAUUUGCUGGGUCAAGAAAAACAAAGAGAUGAGCAGCAGAGCACUUCAGACCUGUGCCAGCCACCUUGUUCUAUAUCUCAUCAUGCUCUGGUCAGGGUUUUUAACUAUCAUGUUGCAUCGUUUCCCAAAUUACCCAGAUUUAAGGAAAAUUGCUUACAUUUUAUUCCAUGUGGUCCCUGCUAAUUUAAAUCCGAUUAUUUAUGGGAUGCAAACAAGGUCAUUGCGUGAAAAGAUUAUUCAAAUUCUGAAGUGA